GGGCGUGGCGGGGGCCGUGGCGAGGGGAGCGAUGCGCGCCGCGGCCUCACGGGCGGGAAUUUUCUUCCGGGGUGCGGCCCGCUCGGGGGGGGUUUCGCUUCCGGGACGGCGCUGCGGGCCCUUCCCACCCCCGCCAGGGGAAGGGGGCAAAAAGUUUUCAGACCAUCUUACUACAUCAGAAGAAAAAAGUAAAACAAGAUACCGCCCCCUCUUCUUCCCCUUUACAUGUUACUCGUAACGUUACAGUAGGGUCGUGCACCUGCAACUGGGACAGCCAUGGAGAAGAGUGGGAACAUUCAGCUGGAGAUUCCUGACUUCAGUAACUCUGUCCUGAGCCACCUGAAUCAGUUACGCAUGCAGGGGCGCCUGUGUGACAUCGUGGUCAACGUCCAGGGGCAAGCUUUCCGUGCUCACAAGGUGGUGCUGGCUGCCAGCUCGCCCUACUUCCGCGACCACAUGUCCUUGAACGAAAUGAGCACCGUUUCCAUUUCUGUCAUCAAGAACCCUUCUGUUUUCGAGCAGCUCCUUUCCUUUUGUUACACCGGUAGGAUAUGUCUGCAGCUGGCUGACAUCAUCAGUUACCUAACAGCUGCCAGUUUCUUGCAGAUGCAGCACAUCAUAGACAAGUGCACACAGAUUCUCGAGGGAAUUCAUUUCAAAAUUAAUGUGGCAGAGGUGGAAGCAGAAUUGAGCCAGACCAGGACAAAGCAUCAGGAAAGACCACCGGAGUCUCACCGGGUCACGCCAAAUCUAAACCGUUCUCUCAGCCCGCGUCACAACACCCCGAAGGGGAGUCGCCUGGGUCAGGUUAGCACGGUGCUGGACAUUCGGGAGCUCAGCCCACCUGAGGAGUCCACCAGCCCCCAGAUAAUUGAGCAGAGUUCGGAUGUGGAAAGCAGGGAGCCCAUACUACGAAUUAACAGAGCAGGACAGUGGUACGUUGAGACGGGAAUGGGAGACCGCGGCGGACGGAACGAUGAUGACGUCCGGGUGCUAGGAGGAGUUCGCAUUAAAACAGAGAACCUGGAGGAGUGGCUUGGGGCAGAUCAUCAGCCGUCGGGAGAAGAUGGGAGCAGCGCUGAGGAGGUCACUGCUAUGGUGAUCGACACCACGGGCCAUGGAUCAAUAGGCCAAGAGGCUUAUGCGUUAGGGUCCUCCGGGGCCAAAGUGGUCAGGCCAACCAGUAGUGAGAUUGACAGAUUUAGCCCUUCUGGCAGCAUGGUUGCUGUGACUGAGCGGUACAGAUCAAAAAGCGAGUCUCCCGGGCGGAUGGAUGAGCCCAAGCAGCCCAGUUCCCAGGGGGAGGAAUCGGCCAUGCUUGGAGUGAGCGGUUAUGUGGAAUAUCUCCGGGAGCAGGAGGUUUCAGAGCGCUGGUUCCGGUACAACCCACGGCUCACUUGUAUUUACUGCGCCAAAUCCUUCAACCAGAAAGGCAGCCUGGACCGGCACAUGCGUCUCCACAUGGGCAUCACGCCUUUUGUCUGCCGCAUGUGUGGGAAGAAGUACACCCGCAAGGAUCAGCUGGAGUAUCACAUCCGCAAGCACACGGGCAACAAGCCUUUUCAUUGCCACGUCUGCGGCAAAAGCUUCCCUUUCCAGGCCAUCCUCAACCAGCACUUUCGCAAGAACCACCCUGGCUGUAUGCCUCUGGAGGGGCCCCACAGUAUCUCCCCCGAGACCACCGUCACGUCUCGGGGGCAGACGGAGGAAGAAUCUCCUCCACAGGAGGAGGCUGUCGCUGUGGGGGAGACGGCACAGGGAUCUGUGUCCACAACUGGGCCGGAUUGAAACACGGCUGCAGAGUCUGGGGAGAAAGGACCAUCUUCCCAUUUUUGGCUCUAAAGAGUCAGCACCAACCUGGCAGGCUGGUACUGUAAUUAGUGCAAUGCCACCACUGGACAGAAAGAAGCUCCCAAGAUGUUGCCAAAAUUGCAAAAUCUUUCUCUCUCUCUCUCUCUCUCUCUCUUUCUCAACUCCCCCCCCAACACACACACACACACACACACAUAGAGUGUUAAAAGUUUUUCUCCCUUAUUCCUCCUCCUCUCGGAGAAAAACAAAACAACUGUGUCAAUCAACUUCUUAUUCAGGGAUCAACAGGAUUUUAAAUUUUUUUAAUGUUCCGUAGUGAUCUGGGACGAGCAGUCAUUUGUAUUUCUCGACAGCAUUUUGGCCCAGCAGCUGGGUCCCGCCGGCUGUCAGCCGUGCAGACCCGGUGAGCCUGGCGUCGGGGCUGCUCCUCGCCGUGCCUGCUGGUCCAGCUCAAGGGGCAAGCAGGGGCAAAGCGCUGUUGCCUUCCUCCACUCCCCAGGCAGUUGCCACGUUAAAAAAAGACUGUCCUGGUGGAACCUGCCUUGCCCGAAUGUAUUUAUCCCUGUCUUAUUUUUGGUGUGUCUCUUUUUACCUUUUUACUUAGACUAUUAUUUUAGGGCUUUUGGCUUGCCCAUUCCAGGCGUGCGGCCUCAAUGCCCUUUGUUACAAGCUGGCACGGUUAUAAAGUGAUUUUCUAGAGGUCAGCAGAAUUUGAAGCACUUCGGCUACUGAAAGUGAAAUUUAGCAGCUGUGAGGUUUGCAUGAGGCUCUGAUGCAUUGGGAGAGGGGUUGGAGGGGUCUUUCAGAGGACGUUGUCCUUUGCUGUUGCUGAUCGGGAGAGUUCAGAGCACUCUGAUGUCCUGACUGGUGCGCUGCCGUGCUUCAGGUGUUGCCGGGCAUUAGGAAGAGUUUUUCUGGACGGGCUGAAUUGCGGAGUUAGAGGCUGGCUACCAAAGUCGUCCUUCACCCCUGCUCCCCCUUCAACACGCACUUGAUCUUUUAUAACAGCAAUAUGGUAUACUGAAAUACUGUUGUCCCAGCCAAGCAAUCGUGGGUGGUUGCUUUUAAACGUGUUUCUACAAACUAGUUUGAUAACUUUUUUAUCAAUGAAAUGCAAAAAGGAAAAAAAAACCCUACUUUAUUUCCUUGUAACAGUUCAGGAAACUUAAAAGUGAAUGGUUCCUAGAGCAAUCACAACUCUGUCCCCUUGCAUGGACUUAAACUUUUGUAUUCUAAGCAGCUCUGAUGUUUAGAGCAAGGUAAGCAAACCCGGAGAGACAUGCCUGCAUUGUGUUUUGUAGGUGUUUGCACGUGCUUACGUGUUUCAUAAACGGAAAAGCAUGGGACAGGUAGAUAAGUGCAAAUAUCUUGACAUCUUUUGAAGAAGUCUUUUAAAAAAAUAUGCAAUACUUUAAGAGUUUUCUCUGGUUCUGAUGCCGAGUUGUUCAUGAACGACAGGUUGCGCAGAUUGGGCUUGGGAGAGGACGUUUGGUUGAAGGAGUUCUCUUGAGGAUGUAUAACGUGUACAAUAAGGAAGGAUGAAGUUCUGAUCCCUAAGGUUAUGGGAGGAACAAUGAGACACUGAAAAAGGAAUACACUUCAUCUUGCUUUGGCAAAGCAAGCUGGGCGAGCGGUUAGAGCGUGGGCUUGACGAGCAGGAGACUUGCCAAGUGAAAAUAAAGCUUGCCCCGCAGUCUGACUGCACAAUUUUGGGCACGUGGAAACAUCUCCAGGUCUCGCUUUCCCCACCUGCAAAUUGGGACUCGGGAGCCUUCUCCUGCCUGUUUAGAGGGAAGAAUUUGGAGAAGGGUGAUGUAUUCCUGCCUCGCUUUCUAUAUUUUUCUGUCUCACUGUUCCUCCCAUGUCUCUCUCAAAAAGCUCUGAUGUUUUUGUGGCUCUCAGACGUGGCUCUAAUGUUUUUGUGUGUGUGGUGAAAGGCAGGGCUUGGUGCCAGGAUCACGCGUAAGAGGUGUGUGCUCCUAAGAGAGGAACCUUUGCAGGUGGUGUGAGCCCGGGACCUGCAGAGUACAAUUUCAUUGACCAUUUCAAACAGGAAAACUGACAUUUCACCUCCGUUUUCCUUCUGUCCCUUCUUCCUCCUCUCCUGUCAAGUGCAUCGUCACACAGUGAAUGAUUUUCUAAGCGGCCACCCGAGGGACCAGCCCCAUUGGGUUUCCUGUCGAAGGUCAGACCGGAUUGUACCAAAAGAGAAACGUUGCCAGAGAGCAGUCGCGGAAGAUGAGAGAUAAGAGGGUGGCUAAGGUAGGUUUCAUUGCAAUCGAGGUGUGGGGAGGAGCGGAAAUGCGCAGAGUAUGCUGCUUUAGUCAUAGCUUUUGAAGUUACCAAAAAUCAAAAAGAAGAAAGUUAAAAACUUUGAAAUCCUAUCCUGUUCACACUAGAGAGCAUCAAAAGUUACUUUUAGUUGCUUAAAAGAUUUUUAAGUGUUUUAAAAUAGAACUUUUAAAAGAAUACUACCAAACUAUAAAAACAUUAAAUUAUUUAUAUACAUAUAUUAUAUAUAAAUAUAGUGGGAAAGUUUCCCUGCUAAGCUUGCUGUGAAGAGAAGGGUGAAGGUGCAGUAACUGCUACACAAGCAACAUUUUCCUGAAACAGAUGGCAACCGAUCCAUCAAAGCGUAGUGAUGAAGGGCUGACAUAAAAAUGGUGAAUGCCUUUAUUCCUGUGGCAUAGCUGUGAGUUUCCCGAGCAGGUUUUUGUUUUACUCUAUUGAUACUGUGAAGGGAGGAGCAUCCUAACAGGCCAGGAUGCCAGCAGAGCGUCCUGCCUUGCUGAUUCGCUACUUUCAAUUGGCCUGGUGAAAACCAUGAAGUUGGUCCUUCAUAUCGUACUAGGCUAGUCUGAAAACGAAGCUUGUGAAAGGUUUUCAUUUUUUCCUCUUUUAUGUUGGUUUUUGUUUUGUUUUGUUGUUUUUUUUGGUGCAGAGGUUGCCACUGUAUAAACUAUCAUUUCUGAUUGCAUGCAAAAGAGCCAAUAUCUUGCCCGGGCCUCACUGAGGUGAAGUUUAUAGCUUGUAGCUAGAGUCAGUAUAAGGUAUGGUAGUGGGAAUCAUUUUAAUAUUAUUUCUGUACAUUUAAUGGACGUGUAUGUGUAUGUAUGUGUGAGAAUCAUGGUGUCUCUAAUGUUUUCUUGAACAGCGCGGAAAGCAGUUUAGGCCCAUCCGCACUAGAAGAUGGAACCAGUUCAGAGGAAUUGUUUGUUAAACUUUUCUUUCAGUAGUUGACUUCCUCAGUGCAGAUAAGGCCAAGGUUCAAGAAAAGGUGUUGGAGGUCGAAUAUGGUAUGGAAAAACCUCAUGUGAAUUUUCUGGCAGUGGUGUAGCCACUUGGAGCUGCUUUCCACGUCAGCAUGACACCGUCUUUUGUUGCCUCUCCAUUGGCAAACCGCGUAGCUCUAUGGUUGCCCUGAAGCCGUGGAGAAUCAGGUGCCAACUUGCCAAGUGCGAAUGCUUCUGUGAUGGGUUGAGGCACGGCUUUGCAUUUCCAUGUCUAGCUGCAGCUUUUUCCCUCUGCCAAAACUGUGAUUUCAACUGUGAUUUAAGGAGGAUGUGAAGAGAACUCUGUUGUAUUUCAAUACCUCUGUACGUAACAUUUCUGUCCGCUUCAGAGUUAGGGCUUACUAACCCGUGUGUUCGCUUGCCUCAGGCAACAGGGGGAACACGCUCUGUUUCUGCAGUUUUCUGUCUCGGAAGGGGAACACGGUUCUUUGCUGUGGCAGAGAAACCUUCCAAAUGUGAAGUGUUGCGGUUAUCUCCUUCUCCUUGAGCCUGCAGAAAGCCCCGGUGCCAAGUCACAGCAGAGUGACGUGACGGUUGCCGUGGCUGUUCCCCGCUGCUGCCCGGUUCCCUGUGAAUAGCUGUGAAAAUAACAAGAAUUAUAUUAAUACUGUGUUGCUGCUUUGGGGAAAAGCUGAACCUCUUCCUUUCUAGAGGAUGACCCAUGUGAAGCUGGGGAAGGGAAAACGCAGAAGGUCUUUUUGCUCUCUUGCAAUGGGAGUAUGUGAAAGCAAACCGUGCUGCUUAUUUCCAGCAGCCAGAUAGAGAGGGAUGAAGGAGGAGGCUUUGUGAAAUGUGAAUUUAUACCAGGAGGCUGAGAACACGCUUAGAGCCGCUCAGUGAGAUCCAGGGGUAUCAGCCUGGUAAGAGUCAGAGCAGCCGAUGCAGAUGGGCAGUUCCUCACUUGUCCUCCCCGCGUUGUCCGCCCAUCAGGUCCAGUCCUUUGUCUUACCUGCGUCUUCUCUACAAAAUUUUCAAGCUGUGAUCUGUAUAAUUUAACUUUCGGAAGUUUGGGUGGCUGAAGGGCAGGAAGAAUAGAAAGUAUUUUGUGGCUCUUGCGGCUGUUUUAAAUCCAGCCGAGGUCGGUAGCAACUGACGCUGUUCCCAUCCGACAGCUAUUCAGGGCUGGGAUUGCACUUGGUCUCGCUGCGGUCUCGCUGAAGAGCACAGCGGGGUGGGCUCGGCGGGGAGGGCUCAGGGAGAGGAUUUCAGCCCUCUGCGAGAUCAAGGUUGAAAUAAAUUGACAGGACAGAUCUCCCGGCUUGUCCUGCUCUUCUUUUGUGACAGCGGGGUGACUUUGGUUUCCAGGGCAGGCUCUCCCAUGCCUCUAUGCAGUAGUAAUUUCACUUAAAAAUGUGAUGCCCGGUUCGGUAAAUGCCUGUAAGCAGUCUGGUCCUCGAGCAGAGUCCUUCUGCCACCUUCGGGUGACUCAACCCUAACGAUGCAUUUCCAGGAGCAGAGCUGUAGCUUUUAUUUGCUGCUGCCUUCAUUUCUCCUGCAGAACCCAACCUAUAAACAGAAAGACAGAUGAAAAGGUGCAGCUUAUUUAGGUGGAAGGUAGCUUGUGAGGUAGAGCGAGUCAUGCAUCUUUAAAACCAACAAAAACUAGCACCCCUUAAACGUAUUAUUUAAUAUUUAUAAAAUUCUGCUCUGUGCUCCAUGACAUGCCUGCCAAUUUAGCCGUACCAGCACCUGAGUGUUUGUGCAGAUUAGUGACACCAAAUGCUGUUCUUGCUCUAGCGGAAAUAUUUUGGGGAUGGGAGAAGUCAAGGAGCUGUAAUUCAGGAAAUUGCUGAUUUUUGUCAGGGUUUGGGCUCCGAGUUUCCCCUGGGAGCUGAGCCCGGAGCCAGGACUGUGGAUGGAGCUGCCGCCAGCAUAGCCUCGCCUGGCGAUAGCCGUGUUCUCAGAGGUGAGCGUCACUCCUGUCAUGAGGUGAGAUCCAGGCACAGAGCUUUGAUGUCUUCAGUUGGAAGGUCCUAAAGAGGAGCUAAGUAUCUUUGUUUUAAUCAUUGUCACUCAAAGGAUAUUUUAAUACAGAAUACAUACAUAUAUAUGUAUGUACCUUUAUACAUACAUAUAUAUAUAUAUAUAUAUAUAUAUUUGUAACCAAAUAGAAGCUAGAACUAUGCAAACACUACUGGCUGCUGCUUGAAACUAAUGUCUACCAGAACAUUUUGGAAUAGAGUAGAUUUGGAGCAGAUCUGUUGAGGUUUUUUUGUUUUUAAAUAAAACGCAGCAGAUCCAAGUUUUGCUGCAGUUAGUCUUAGUUGAAACUUAGGUUAUUCCUAUUCUGGAACCCACUCAAUUGGGUUAUAAAAUUAUCUGAAGAGUCCUACCGUCUCUAAAAUAUUUCCAUCUGCCUUGGUAUUACUGCUGAAAGGCUUUCUUUUGUGUAACAUAGGAAAACACAGAGGCUGGGACUUGGAGAGGCUGAAGGUGCUGUUUGGGGUGAUAGUUAGAAGUAGAACCAAGAAAGGCCUGGGAGCAUUUUCUUGUGGACGUAGGAUUGAGUUGGCUUCAAGGAAUCUUCCUACUUGUGAAGUGUCUGUCGCUGAGAUGGAGACAGCGAUCGAAGCGUCACCGGGCUGAACUCUGGUCCUGGGGGAGGUAUCGGGAAUCUUCCCGCUGAAGCUGAUGGUACCGGGGUUUAGUCUGCUGGGAGAAAUUUCAUGUGGUUCCUACCAUUUCUUUGUGUCGGAUCCAAUCUUUGCUUUUGGGAUUAACUACGGUAUAUCCAGCUGUAAUCUUCAGUAACCCUUGGCUUUUUAUUCCUGGGGACUGUAGAAAAUUCAGGUUUCCUAUAACAUUAUCCUCAUCCCAACUGUGAACAAGUUACUACUGCUUCUUAUAAUUUAUUGUCUUUCUGUUCCUGAGCGUCUGCGUGAUCCAGCUGUUCACCAGCACCACCUUCCAGUGCUUCAUGAGCUUUUAUGCACAGGGAAUUGUUGCAAUGGAUUAGUUGACCACGCUAGUUGGAAGAGUAGAAGCCUUUGGAGACUGACUUUUGCUUCCUCUAGCUGUCAUUAGAGAGUGCACACACACAUACCUGUAUAUACAUAUAUAUGUAUGCAUAUAUAAAGUGUUUCAAUAUAAACUCAUUUAGCAUUAAUCUUAUUUAAUUUAUAUUUUAAUCCAGUUGUAAACCAAAGUAUUACAGCUUGUGAAAUGAUGUGUCUUGGAAAUAGGAGGAAGCUUUUUAGAUGGUAGCUCUGAAAGAUCUCUGCUGACAAAAAUGCGGAUAUGAACGAGACUUACGAGCUUGUGCUGGUGAAUCCUAGAGCUUUGCAGCCUUGGAAGGAUUUAAGACUUAUUUGCUGAGUCAAGUUUGACGGUGGGGAGGCCAGCGUGGGUUAUCAUUUUUAAAUACUGUUGGUUUGGUGUUUUUUUUUUCUCAUCCGGCAUAAGUUGGUAUUGGAGGAAUGCUACAAGAGCGGUAUGGCGGGAUGUCUGACGGAGGUGAGGCGCGUGGUUGAAGCUAAGAGGGCCGUGUCAGGUAGCGCCGUUUGCUUCUGGUGUCUUCUGUUCACAGGUUGAGGUGUGCUGUGUUCAGCUCUGGGCAUCGCGGUACCGCCUCGUGGAAGGACCCUGCAGGCAGCUGCUCGGUCGGUGGUUUGAAGGAGCGCUUUAAAUGCGUGACUCAGCAGCGUUUCUGCUGCUGGGCGUUUCCAGCAGAAUCACUUUGGAGCCUCUGCCACCCUGCUGUGCCUGCUGGGCACAGAACCUGGCGCUUCUGCCCUGCCUCUGAAUUGGGAGGCUUUAAGGAAGCAGGAGGACUUGCCUGCUAGAAUGC